AUGGUUGAGUCGUCGCUUACUGGCGCGGCCGCAAAGGCUCUGAUUGCCUCGACAAGCGACUGUGUCCCUUGCGAGCCCGCUAAUGCCCCAUCGGUUGCCCCAUCCCUGACCUUCUCUGACGAGUCGGACGAUGCCGAGGAGCCAACACGCACCGAAAAGCCGCGCCAGCGUCGCGCUUCCACGCGGCUCAUUGCCCAGAGCGCCCGCGAUAUCCAGCGCAUUACGGGCGAGACGACGGCGGAGUUUGUUGGUCGCUGCUGCGGUGGAGGCUGCUGCUUGCUGGGCAGCAAGCGUUCAACUGGCGUCGAUUACGAACCCCUCGUCCUGCCCGACAAUACGGCCUUCAAUUCUCUCGGCCUCAAGUUUCCCGACGAGAUCCCUACCAGCCUGACAGGCAUUCCCGAUAUGCCAGUGAAGGUUGUCUCGCUCAAGUCGAUUCCCCGCCCUCUGAGCAUUCCAUCAGACUCGGGCAUUUCCGUGGGUCCUGAUGCCGACACUGUCUCCACUGCCUCUGUCGAAAAGAAAUCGGAGCCCGUGGCCAGUGAACCUCUCGACACCACCAUCCAGCCGCCCAAAUUUGUGCAGCCGCACCCUCCAUACCACGUCUAUCCUGCCAAGAUUCAUACUCUUCGCGAGCUCACCAAAGACGGUGCUGAAAAGCGCACAUACCACUUCGACCUUGACGUCACCAACUACCCCGAUGAGGAGUCCAAUGAUUUCAAGGUCGGCGGUGCCAUUGGAGUUCUCGCCCCCAACGACGACGAAGUUGUCGAUGAUGUCCUUGACCGUCUCAUGGUCCCCCGCUUCGUCCGCGACAAGCAGACUCUGAUGACUACUACCACCGGCCGUUAUCCGACCGUCUGGGGUGACGAGAAGCCUCGUGAACUGGUCACAUCUCGGCGGGAUCUGCUCAAGUGGUGCACCGACCUCCAAUCCUACCCUCCUACCAAAAACGUGUUCCGUGUUCUUGCUGAGCACGCCACUGAUGAGACGGAGAAGAAGGUUCUCAUGUUCCUCUGCUCCGCCCAAGGUCAGGGCACGUUCUGCGAUAUCCGCUCGGGACCCCAUGUUACCGUCUCGCAGCUUCUGUACGCCUUCCCCAGCUCUCAGCCGCCUCUGGACGAGCUCUUGUCUGUCCUGCAGCAGCUUAUGCCUCGCUUCUACUCCCUCUCCAACGACCCUCAUGAUUCAUACCAGAUGCGCGACCAGAAGGAGCACCGCUUGAUCGAAAUAGCUGUCACCGUUCAUGAGACGAGUGACUGGCGCAAGGGUUCUCGAACUGGUGUUGGCUCUGGUUUCUUUGAGCGCCAGGCCCGGCGCUUCCUCAAGGCUCAAGCUGCUGGUGAGCCUAGUCCUGAGAUUUUCGUCCCCAUGUUCAAGGGCCUCAUGGCCAACCCCCUUGCCAAGGAGUUCAACUCGGAUGGGCCCAUGCUGCUCAUUGGCGCCGGUGUCGGUAUUGCCCCUUUCCGUGGCUUUGUCCAGCGCCGCCUCAAGCAGGCCAACUGCGCCAACAAGGUCUGGGUCCUCCAAGGCAUCCGUGACUCCCUCGUCGAUGAAAUCUACAGUGGUGAGUGGGGCGUGCACGAGGAAGAAGUCAAGCGUGUCGUGCAGAGCCGUCGCGGCGAAGGACGCUAUGUCCAAGAGGAGGUCCGCAACCAGGCCGAUCUCGUGUGGUACAUUGCCAACGCGGUCGACGGGCGCGUCUUUGUGUGCGGUAGCUCGCAGGGCAUGGGCGAGGGUGUCGAGGAGGCAUUGAUCGAUGUCGCCAUGUCCAAGGGCAACCUGGAGCGCAACGAGGCCCGUAACUUUUGGGAUCUCAAGAAGGCGGCUGGACAGUACAUUGCCGAAACUUGGUAA